GAAGUGAUUCCAAGAAAUUCACGUCUCUUGGUAUGAUCCAUCGUGUCCGUUCUACAAAAGGCCGCCAAGCACCGAUUCAAUCUCUUUAUAAUCAUCGUCCAUGGCCGCUUAUCAUUCCCACGCACUGACCCACACCAUCUUCUGUUCUUCAACAGAAACUGUCAAACUACUGCACCGCAAAUCUUCCAUUUCUUCGAAAGUUCAAAAAUUCUGCAAUGUUGAACAUUAAUGGAGAUGCUAAAGAAUCACGGAAAAGAAAAAUGAAUCAAGUUGCAGAGGCUGGGAAAUCCCAUGCACAAGAAAUUUUGAACAUAAUUGCUCCGUUCAAAUCUUUCACAGCCAUGCUAACUGAGGCUGAUAGCAGUAUUCUCGCCCCAAAUGUGCAAGAUCUGAGUGUUCAAGUUGAUCAAAUGAUCCACACUCAUAACGAAAAUUUGAGGCGAGGAUUAGCCGGAAUGUGGGCGAUGCACUACAACAUGCUUCAGUGCGCGGCAGAGGAAAGAGUGGCCAAAAAACUGAAGGAUCAAGAGAUGGAACUGAUCAAAAUGGCACAUGAGAACGAGCAGUUGGAAGAGAUGUUGUCGAAUUGCAGAGCCGAGGCACAACGUUUAUUUGGUAGGAACAAGAAGUUGGAAGAGUUGGUGUCACAUUUCAGAGCAGACGGACAAAAUUUAUCGGGCAGGUUGAAGUCGACUGAGCAAUUGGUAACCAGUCUACGGGGAGAACUACGUACAGCUAUGUCAGAAGGUCCAAACCCGGGGAGACAGGAGGACGACGCCGAGUCAUCAUAUGUGGAUCGCGAGCGGGAUUUCAGUGUGAACCUCGAGUGCAAAGUUUGCGAGAGCAGGCUUGCGACAGUGAUGCUGUGGCCAUGUUGCCAUGUUUGCAUCUGCCCACGUUGUGAGGUAAACCGGGCAGAGGCAACCAGGUGCUGCCCAGUUUGCCGGACGCAUGCGACUACUAGUUUCCGUGUCCAUCUUCCUCUCAAUUAGCACACUAUCGACCCAUCCAUUUUCCCCUGGUUCCCUUUUUCCAUUUUACUGAUAUAUUUUUGAGUUUUUUUGGAGGAUUUGUUGUCUGAGGCCUCGAAG